CUCGACUUUGACCUCUCAGAAUUUAUCCAUGAUGCUGCUCUCAACAAGGAGCAAGUGAAUUGUAUCCUCAAGCUUUUGAAACAUUCUCACACUGAGGACUGGACUCUGAAUAAUUACAAUGAUCUUGAGAGCACUCAGUGGGCUGCUUUGCACUGCAUGACAGCAUUUCAGAUGAUGAUAAUAAGUGCACCAUUUGGAGGUGAGAUGAUGGAAUUUAAGAUGUAUUAUCAUUCAUUGUGGGAUUGGGCCUGCAAUCUCUUGAAGGAUUCAGGUGUGGGCCCAUAUUUUGUAUUUGAUGCUCAGCACCUAUCCAAGUUCAAUGGCACUUCAUCUGUUCAUUUCAUCAAUGAGCCAUGGACAGCUAACAAAUUUUGGGAUGUACAAGUAUGUCAUUAG